CAGCGGACGAGUUGAAAGCUAACGCGCCUGUCAAGAUGCUGACAUUUUGGCUAACAAUUGCACUGCUGGUCUGUGCCACCAGCUCGGCCACUGGACAACUGAUCUUUCAAACAACAACCACGCAAAGUCCGUUGGGUACAAGCGGCUCUGUCCCUAGCCCUGGUGCUGGCUGGGCGCUGGUCAACAAUGUGAGAAUAUCGAAUGCCAUUACACCGUUUGUCACUCAACCGCCGCGGACACAACAGUUUGUGGACUGCUUCGGCAGCUGCCCCACCACACCGGAAUACAAUCCCAUCUGUGGCAGCAACAUGCAACUCUAUCUAAAUGAGCAAAAAUUCAAUUGUGCGCGAUUCUGUGGUGCUGAUAUACAAAUAGUGAGGCGAGGCAGCUGCGAGGGUCUGUUUCAAAUGACAAGAGGUUGACAUGGCACAUGGCACUCAAUAAAACCAAUUAAAACAAUAAAUAUAAACCCCAGAGUUAUUAGCGCUA